UUAUAUAAAUCUGUCGACGCUUCUCCACAGUUGUGGUUUGUUAGCUUAGCUUCGUUAGCAACCUGCUUUACAGUUGGCCUUGUAUCGGGCAAAGCUCAAGUUAGCUAACAAGAGUGGAGGUAGCUUUAUUGUUGUCGUUUAUAUUCGUCUUUUUAUGUGUGCUGUGUUUUAAUAACACCUUAAAAUGGGUGUUUUCGGCUAAGUGUCCACUUAACGGUAACAUAUGGUUAGGUGACGUUUACCCUCUGGCUAUAACUUACAUGGCUAACAAGCUGUUUGGGUUAAACUUAAAGGUAUUUGCUUCGCUGCUGCUAGCAAGAUAAGGUAACCCACCUGGCCAUCAGAGUCACGCUCCGUGAUGUCCCCAACACUCUGUUGACACUGACAGCUUCCCUGACACUGUGCAGAGGGAGGCAGCUGGAAGCUAGCUAGCUAGCAUGCAGCACUGGCCCGGUGUCACCAGGAGGCGGCACUGCUGAGAGGCAAGUGGUCGGUGCUGAGCGUUGGUGUCUGCCAAGCCGACCAUGGAUGACUUCACCACCAGGACGUACGGCACGAGUGGCCUGGACAACAGACCUCUGUUUGGGGAGACCUCUGCACGGGAUCGAAUCAUCAACCUGGCAGUGGGGGGAUUCACAUUUCUGGUUGUUUUAGUGACUGUUAUCAGUUCUUUUGUGUUCCCCUCGUUGCCUCCAAAACCGCUUAAUGUCUUCUUUGCCGUGUGCAUCCUGUUAGCAUGUGGAUCCACUAUAGUGCUGAUAUUCUGGUACCGGCAGGGCGAUCUGGAGCCUAAAUUCAGGAAUCUGAUCUACUACAUGCUGGCGUCCAUCGUGCUGCUGUGUCUAUGUGCCAACCUCUACUUCCACGAAGUCAGGUAAAGACGGGACGGGGAAGAGGAGGAGGAAGAAGGGAAGACAUGGCCUUGACACGUGGAAGGACUACACGGAGAGACGGACUCGUCACACACUAACUUGAAUGAAUUUCCCACCUGACCUGCAGCGAACUGGAAAGAUCUUGGGACCAAACACCAGUGAAGCUCAAUGGUUCCAGUGGAUGAAGACUUGUUGGUGCUGAAGCAUAAUGCACUGCACACACACACACACACACACACAUACACACAAUGCUGCAGUGUAGAAAUCAUGAUGGGCUGUUUGAGGCCAUAAAUCUGCCUGGAGACACACUGCUGGCAGAUGAAACAGGUGUGUUUACAUGCACAUAAACAUUUACAGUCAUUACUUUUUACAUUAACAAGCACUUAAACUUACAACAGAAUACAUGACGAUGAUGAUGACGAUGAUGCAACAGUUAAAGGAAACAUCUGCCCUUUGAUCCCGAUACUGUAGGUCUCAUCUAGUCUGUGUAACGUUAUAUUUUACAUGUUUGUGUUUGCCAUUAAUUUGCUGAUUAACUAUAUUUAUAUCUUUAAACCACUGUCAGGAAAAAAGGGGGUAAAACUUCAGUCAUUUUUAUAAACAUCUUUCAUUACAAGUUGUGUCUCACGUCAAGCGACGCCUCCUUCAAAGUCUUUUUUGAAGACCAAAUGUAUAACUUCAUAAUCAUUCCAGAUGUUCUUUCAAACUCUGAUAAGACACCAUCGUUUGGGUUAAUGGUGCAUUCAGGGUCAGAAAUGUCACAACACAUGAACUGGACCAACAAAGACACCACUGCAGGGUGUAAAUAGAGUAUGUACUGGUCGACGCACAUCCAAUGCAUCAAAACAUUGUUUUCUAGUUGGAGCCGCGCCUCGUUUUCAAACUGUAUGGUUUGACUAAAAUGAACAAUGACAGCAAUAUAGUCCACGAUGAGCAGCGCUAAAAUCAACCUGCGUAGUUGUCCCUCCAUUGUGACAUUAGAAAGUGUCACAUUUAUCUCGCAAGUGUACUCUUCUUCAACGUUUGCUUUACUUCCUGGAUUUUUCCCACAUGGAAAUUCUGACCAAUCAAGAGCAGCAUGUGCACCCUAUAUUUAUGCCCGCUUAAAGUGUUUGUUUUUGCCACUGACAGGCCCAGAUUGAUCCAUACAGAGAUACCUUUAAGUUAAAGAGUAAGAUCCUUUUUGUUUCAGUGACAACUGCCCUUAAAUCACCAUCACCUGCAUAUUUUAACAUCUAACUUGGUGAAUAUUCAGUGAACUGUACAACCCCACACCGGUGGCGGCUAGACGCACUUUGGCUCUCCUUCUUUCUAUAACGCUGUCAGACACCUAGAAGAAUACUGUCAACAUGUCAGUUAUAAAAACAACACUUUUAGUAGCUGUACGUUGACGGUGCUAACAUGCCCCGAGUGUUUACACUGCAGCUUGUUUCACUGCUGCCGGCUGCAGCACUCUCACUAAAUAUUGACCCUGUCUCAAAAAUUGUUGUCUCAGUUGUUGUCGUGAGUCACAUGGACACAAAAACACGGUAAAAUAGUGUCCAGCUUGAAAUAUACCAAAGUUAUACUCGAGCUCCUUUGUGCAUUACAAUGUGGACAAUAUUGUGACAAAAAAUAUUUACCAUUAACCUGGAAAUGGAAGUUAAUUGUACAGUACGUGGACAUAUUCGGCUGUGGGUUGCCAGGUUUCCGUCACAGUGAUGAAGUUAAAGCAACAGUACAGGUAAAAAUGUGUUGAUGCUGUACUCUAGAGAAAUCAUCACAUUUUGGGACUGAUCUAGAUUAAGCAAAGAAUUGUUUGAUCCAUAAAAUGUCAGGAAACAGGGACGCUGAGUAGCUCACGUGGUGGAGCUGGCGCCCCAUGUACAGAGGCUACCAGCAGCUCGAUUACAACCUGCACGCCUCCCACGCCACCACCAUCCCAUCAAUUAAAGGCUGAAAAAGCCCCAAAAAUAAUCUUACAAAAAAGGAAAUGUCAGGAAGUAGUGAAAAAUGUCCAGUUUUCUCUCCCCAUCAAAGAUAUUUUCACAUUCGAAGACUAAAACCAGAGGUUUAUUUGGGGGUUUUGCCUUAAAGUUAUUAAAUAACGACCAAAAUAGUUGCUUAAUUUAUUGAUCAAAUAAUUGUUACGGCUCGACAACAAAUUCUGACCCAGAAAAAAGUCAAAUCAGCUAAUACAGUAAAGUUUAUAAGCGGUAAACCGAUUUCAGGCAUUCAGAGUUGACAAAGAGCGCCUGAAUGCACCAUUACAUUUUGUGUGUGUGUGUGACGUGACUAUGAUGCUUCAGUCCUCCUAAAACCUCACCUACACCUCUGAAUUCCUCUGUGAACUUCGUAACGGACCAUGUUUUAUUUCCACCGACUGUAUUCACGUUUUUAAGUGUUCAGAUUUUACCAGGGCGGAUGUUUCCUAUAACUACGACAGAGACUAUGAGCAUGUAAACACACACACACACUGGGUGGAGCAGUAUUCCGUACUGUAGACUGUAGUCCAAACUAGCUCACACAGCAAUAGCACAAACAGCUUCAGGCUCCUGUGGCGAAUAUAUGCAACAGUUUGUACGUUUGUUUUUUCUCUCCGUCCCUGCGUCUUGUCUGAUCAUCUGAUCAUCUGAUCAUCACCGUUUGGUUCGAUUAAUGUUUCCACAUCAAGUCUUUGCUAAGAGGAUUUUUAGAAACUGAAUUUAAAUGCUGAUUUACAGACUGACUGCCAAUUCCUGUACUAAGCAUUGGUUGAUUCACAUUUGUGUCUAAGCCAUACACACACACACACACACACACACACACACACACACACACACACACA